AUGCCCGUUGUAGACUACCACGGCGUCGUACACCUCAUCGUAUCCACGUUUCUCAUUCCCAAUUUUCGAUCUUACCGACCAAUUCCGACCCUCCGCAAACCCCACAUGGGACAUCUCACUCCUAAACCUAACCACUUCACCGAGCCUAAACUCAAAAAUCUCUCAAAUACUCCAAAACCUAACGUGACCCGGAAACCUCCUCAGAUCUCUCCCGGGCUUCCCGCUUGCCACGAACGGGUAGGCCCGGAAACCCAUGACCUCCCGGGGCAAGUCCGAUCGAGUCCCAUCGGGUCGGCCUCUGUUUCUAUCGAGAUGCUUCAAUCGGGCGAUCGUCGGAGGUGGAGCAGACGUAGGUGGAUCCGAGGGCUGAAUCGGCGAGAGGAUCCUUCCGCUUUCGUAGGAGUAAGAGAGGAAUAA